GAGCUCUCCUUCGGUAUCGAGCUCGAGUUCCUCGUAUACUACAAGAAGCCCGCCUGGCAGCUGGAGCACGAAAAAGCGGAAGGUAUAGCUCCCGACCCUGACGAGAUCACGCUCGACCCGGAGGAAGAGCAGCUCUUCCAGGAGGCCAUCACGCUGCCAGACGACGUCGAAGAUAACGGUUAUCUGAAGUGGAAGUGGUUCCACGACCGCAUCGAGGAGAUCAUCCUGACCGUCCCGGGCGCGCGGCUGGAGCACCGGCGCAUGCCGGCGGACACGCCCGAGGCGCUGCGGUCCAUGUACGUGCUGACGCGGAACUUCCGCCUGCGCAUCAGUGUCCGAACGGGGUUUCACGUCCACGUCGGCGCCGGCGUGAAUGAGCCGGGGGAGAGUCAGUCGGAUACGUCGUCGGACCAAGAAGGGAGUUCUGCUGCUGCUGGUACCUCGUCUUCCUCAUGGUCCCAGUCUUCCAGAUCCGAGGCGCAGGGACGUAAGCACCCCCUCGGCGUGAUGAAGAGGGCGGUCGCGCUCAUGUGGGCCGCUGACGGGUUCCUCUGCCACGCCCACCCGCCGGAGCGCGGCUUCAACCAGUUCACGCCGCCCGUCCGCUUCUGCUCCCAGGUGGCGCACGGCAUCAAGGUGUUCUAC